AUGUCUAGUCCGAGUGCAACCCCGUCUCCGACAAGCCCAUCGGCGUCAAACGACGAGAAUGGCAGCAUCCUAAGCAUCACCGCGCUUGUCGUGGCGCUUGUAGCACUGGUUGUAUCAAUGCUACAGCUCAUUCUACAAUACGUCCUCUCAGCAGAAGGGCGGUCGAAAUGUAGCACGGCCGCAAUAGGGGCCUGGGCAGAUAAAAAUACCCAAUUCUGGCGUCCUUGGAAAGGUAAAAUUUACAUCAAGUACGCUCAAUUGGACAUUACCACGCAGCGAUUUCUGGAUGCGCUAGGCUCUCAAGGGCUGGAACGAGAGGCUCACUUGGCCGUAUUGAAGAAUUAUCAAGUAACAGAGCAGACGCCAGUGUUUGAGACGAAGCACGGGAAGAUGGUCGGAGGUCCUCCUCAAUUAAUUCUCGCUCGGAAAGGCACUGAGGAAAUCGAGCCGACGCUUCCAAACACUCUUCGAGGAGCAGAGAGAGUCGCCGCGGAUGCAUUGGUGGCCGAGAAGAAGCGACUAUAUAGUCCUACACCUCCCACAAAAGCAACAUGGUGUGCACUCCUAUGCGACUUGGGUUUGGACCUCCAAAAGCUCUCGGGUACCGGAGAGUUUAUCGAGGCGGAUACAAUUCCCUCCGUUUUGGACGCUCCGCCAAUCCAUAUGCGAAUGUCUGACCUCAUCCACUUUGGGCUCCUCUUGGAAAUGAAGAUUGUGGAAGCCGACGAACUCAAACGGAUUCUGAACAUGACUGGUAGAUACUGUUCACUGGUCUCGAAGCACCAGGAUGGUGUUGGUAUGCUUUGCCGGUAUACAGGAAACUUGAUCGGGACACAACCAGCCGUAAAACGGAUAAGCACUCAGGAGGCCCGAAUGCUCUGUGAAACUGCAGAUGGCAUGAUUUAUAUUGGCGAUUGUAUGAUGCCCAUCACAAGCUUUGGAUUCAACUCGCUCGACGCCAUAUUCAAACAUGUCAUACGCGAAUGCAAGCAAAAUGCAUGGCAAGAGGUUGAUCUCAAGGACCUCCCGCGAUCCACAGAACGCGACGGAUUAGGAUACGGAGGUAAAUGGGCCAAUUCGCCAACACCAAUCACGGGCCUGCUUAUGGCAAUUGCGGGAAAUGUCGGUGUAGGGAACUCCUUUCCUCAUGAGACGAUUAAAGCUUGGACCGAUCCGAUGAGACGCGAAGCUGUCGUCAACGCAUUCCAGACGCUCCAGGGUCAACCGGGGUUUACAGUCGCACCUCGAGAUAUAUUCCAACGAAUUUGUGAAUCAGGGACCGAUCUCAUGGUCAUGGACGAAUUUAGAACGGUCAAUAACUACGGAUGCCAGUUUGGCGGUAUCAGAGGAUGGCUUUCUACAAAUAUGGCCGCAUUCACUCUCAAGAUGUCCAGUCUUUGGAUCUACGAGCCGCGGUAUGACCAUCAACGUUUCGAACCUGUUCCACUACUACACCAACUGUUCCCCGUUCUCCAAGCGGGAAGUCUUUGCAAGACCUGGGGGGAAAACUAUAGUUUUAAUCCAGAGGAAGGCAACGGCUGGAGACUUCCAGUUAGCUCCCUACUUUGGCUCCAGAUUAGCUUGCUCGACACUUGGCUAGCCAGGCAUGUCGACAUGAUCAUUCAAGAGACUGCGAUGCCAGAAGUCUCUGUACCAGCUGGUCUAGAAUCCGCAAAGCUUUGUGCCAAAUCUGCUAGCGAGGUGUUGACACAGUCCACGGCUUGGAACCCACCACGUCUCCGGUUUUGCCGAAUGUACCUUGCAAGACUUGCAGGCGAUGUUCACGGACGUGGUGUCAGCUUCAUGUCGAAUGCUCCAGCAUAUGUGGACCGUAAAGAGGGUUGGAAGAAUAUGCCUAUUGGAUCACCGGAUGAAUGGUUGAUGGCAGACGCAGUGUUGACACUGCGUGCUGCUCUUCAGCACACUAGAUUUAUGCUUAUGAUGGACUCCUCUGCACUCCUCCGGCUUCAAAAGUUUGACCCUAGCCUGCUUCUUGCGUAG